GAAUAAGAAGGCGAAUAAGAAGGAGAAUAAGAAGGAGAAUAAGAAGAGGAGGCGGAAGUCAGUCCUAAAGGGAGGGUUAUGGCGGCUCUCAGGGUGGUUGUGUUGUCCGGCUGCGGUAGGACCUUCUUAAAUGCACCAAAAACGGUGCCCAUGCCUCGGGUCAACAUGUCCUUUGCCAGUUUGCCAAGGGGGAGAAGGGUGGCCCUGACCACACUGGGAGUAUUAACUACAGGAGGGGCGGGACUGGCUCUGGUGCUCCAUCAGUCAGUCAGGGCGUCAGAAUUGGAGCUGCAUCCUCCCAAUUACCCCUGGAGCCAUAAUGGCUUACUGUCUGCUCUCGACCACGCCAGUAUCCGUCGUGGGUAUCAAGUCUACAAGCAGGUGUGUUCGGCGUGCCACAGUAUGGAGUAUCUGGCCUUCCGUAACUUGGUGGGAGUCUCGCACACAGAGGAAGAAGCAAAAGCGUUAGCUGAGGAGAUUGAAGUUCUGGAUGGACCUGAUGAGACGGGAGAAAUGUUCACCCGGCCUGGUAAACUUUCUGAUUACUUCCCCAAGCCAUACUCCAGUCCGGAAGCUGCCCGUGCUGCCAACAACGGAGCUCUGCCCCCUGACCUCAGCUAUAUCGUCAAUGCCAGGCAUGGCGGUGAAGACUACAUUUUCUCUCUCCUAACUGGUUACUGUGAGCCUCCGGCAGGUGUGUCUAUAAGAGAAGAGCUUCAUUACAACCCCUACUUCCCUGGCCAGGCGAUUGGAAUGGCUCCACCUAUUUAUAAUGAGGUGCUUGAAUAUGAUGAUGGAACAUCAGCCACAAUGAGUCAGGUGGCUAAAGAUGUGUGUACUUUCCUGAGAUGGGCUGCUGAGCCAGAGCACGACCAGCGCAAGCGCAUGGGACUAAAGUUGCUGAUCGGUUCAGCUAUCCUAGCGCCACUUGUCUACUACUUGAAGAGACACAAAUGGUCUGUGCUGAAGAGCAGAAAGAUUGCCUAUAGGCCUCCCAAAUAAAGCUGGUCAGCAGCCUCCGCCUCCUGUAAUUACAGUUGAUAAAUCCAGAUUCACAAUUGUCAGACUUUUCAUGCACAAGAUGUCCUAAUCUGCUGCCUGUUUUAUUUCCUGCUGACCUACGAAAUGGGCACCAACUACAGCCAAAUUUUCUUUUACUGUAUAAAUAUAAAUAUUAUCUAACCAAAACAUGCAUGUUUGAGGUUACUCUUGCUUUUUGUUGUUUUAUCUAUCCGGUUUUUUUAUUUAGCUUGUAAGAUCUUACAAGACUCAAAAAAACGGAAACCAUCCUCUUCUGGAAAGACACUGGAUAUUGGGAGUAUAAAUCCAAUCAAAUAGAGAAAAGCCAAACAGUAUUAAAUGUCUUGAAAAGUUCAAUAUGAAAUUGAAAUAUGAAUAUGAAACUGAUUUUUGUGAAGUGUUUUAAGAUAUCUGUGUGAGAUUAUCCACAGCUACAGGAAGUGAGUGACUGGGGUUACAAGCUCCGGAUGAAGAAGCAGGAUGAACACAAUCCAAAUUACCCUCUCGGGUCUGGUCAGGUUCAGGCAGUACAUCAGACAGCAGCUGUGCAUGUACAGCUUGAAAGACAGAGGGGACAGAUGUUAUUAUUCUGAUCAUACAUUUAUACAUUUGCUUAAAUAGUGUAAUAGAGAUUAGUGGGAAUUAGUUCAGUCUCUUGAAGGGCAAUGAAACGUUGCUGAUCUGGCAUGGUUAUAUUUCCUACAUGGUUAGUUAUAGUCUUGUCUGGUUUUUAAAUUUAUAGUCUAAACUUUUUGCUUGAUAUUUUGCUAUUGAAAGAAUUCAUGAAGUCAUUGCUGCUACAUAUUGGAGGUAUGCAUGUUUCUGUGGUUUCUGUGGCUCUCCUUCCAUGCUGUUUGAAAUACUAUCAAUUUAGUUUGAUGCCAUUUACGUUCUAAUGUUCUAAUGGUCCGUUUUAAGGUGUGUGUGUUAUACCAGGGUGUUCGUUUUUUUUGUUGUUGUUAGUCACUAAUUGUUUUUCUUUUAAGUAGAGCUACAUUACCUAGCAUGUAGCAUUCGGUUUCCUGAUCAAGUUCUGUGGGAUCAGACGGUGAUCCAAUCAUAGUUGAUAACGCUGGUAGAUUACUGAAAAACCCUGUGCAGUAGCUAGUGUGAAUCUACUUUUGACGAGGUAGUGUGGCAAGGUGCAUAUAUUAUGAUUAAAACACAUUUUCUCUAUUUAAUCCGAAUGUUAGUAUUAGACCAAGCGUGUGACCACCAUUAUGAGUGGGUCUUAUUAUGUUCUAAUUAAUCCCUAUCGAAUCUAGAAUGGAGACACCACUGCUGUUCUCAGAGAGUCUUCUAGGUUAUCAAAAUGAAUAUUAAAGUCUCCAACAAUUAAUACUUCGUCUAAAGAAACAAGCAGGUUAGAAAUGAAAUCUGCAAAUUUACAAAGGAAGUCAGAAUAUGGCCCUGGAGGUCUGUCAAUAAUAAUUAGUGGAAUUGCCUGAGUGAACUUAUCUUUUGUGGCUAUAUAUAUGUUAUGUUAGGAUAAAGAACUUCAAAAAGCACCACAGGAUAAAGCAUCACCUCCUCCUCUGCCAGUUGGACCGGGCUGAUAUAUUUAACUGUAUUCAGGAUACCACUAGCUUCAUUUAAUGGUACAUACUCAUUCGGCUUAAUCCAUCCAUCCAUCUUCUACCGCUUAUCCUUUUCAGGGUCGCAGGGAACCUGGAGUCUAUCCCAGAGAGCAUCAGGCACAAGGCGGGGUACAUCCUGGACAGGGUGCCAAUCCAUCGCCAAUCACAUACACACUCAUUCAUACACUACGGACACUUUAGACACGCCAAUCAGCCUACCAUGCAUGUGUUUAGACUCGGGGAGGAAACUGGAGUACCCGGAGGAAACCCCCACAGCACGGGGAGAACAUGCAAAUUCCACACACACAGGGACUCGAACCCCGGACCCUGGGUUAGGUGUGAGGCGAACAUGCUAACCACUAAGCCACCCUGGCUUAAUCCAUGUUUAAACAAAGUACAUUAAACUCCUGAUCAGUAAUAGUUUCAUUAACAAUAAACGCUCUAGGUGUAAAGAGAUCUAAUAUUUAACAGUACUAGCUUCAGAUCAAAGGUGUUGGCUGUGCAUUCAGUAUGAGUUAAUUUUAUGUUAAUUAGGUUACUAAAACAGACACAUCUCAAUAUAGUGGAACCUAAGUGAUGAUUCAGUGCAGCUAGCGGAUGUUUUUUAUGCACCUAAACCCCACAUCUGCACAUUUAAUAGAAACGCUAUUUAACAAAAUACACAAAGAUGUUUUCUACAUAGAGUUAACAAAGGAGACUGUCUGGGUCCUGAACAUUGACAAGAAAGCUAUAGAAUAGCUGAUGAUGUUGUAACUAGCCGCUUCAUAAUUAGAGGUAAGAUUAUCUAACGUUAAAAUCAUACUCUGAAUUUCAUAGUCAUCGCUGCUUAUAUACUGUUGCUAGCGCAGUAGCAAUAUUAAUUAGAAAUUAGACACUGAAGUUUAAUUUGACACCAUUUCCAUUUUAUCUUGAGUGAUGUAUUUUAAAAUUCAAGUAUAAAUAUUAUACCAUGGUGAUAGCUCCCUCCCCUUUUUUAACCCUGAAAUUAAUAAUAAUAAUAAUAAUAAUAAUAAAAAAGUCAAACACUUAAAAGUAAUACACUUGUCUCGCACCUCUCAGGUUGGGGUUUCAAAUCCCACCUCCACCCUGUGUGCACAAAGUUUGCGUGUUUUCCCUGUAUUUUGGGGGUUUCCUCCAUGUACUCCAGUUUCACCCAGUCCAGACAUGCGUUGUAGGCUGAUUGGCAUAUCAAAACUGUCCAUAGUGUGUCAGUGGGUGUGAAUGUGUCUACGAUUGUGCCCUGCAGUAGGUUGGUACGCCAUUCAGGGUGCUCCCCGACUUGUGUCCUGAGUUCCCUGAGAGACUCCCGUGGACCCUGUUUAGGAUAAGCGGGACAGAAAAUGGAAAUCAGGUCAAGUCACGUCAAGUGGGGUUUUACUGUCAUUCCUCUAUAUAGCUUGUUUACACUGGAACAAAAUGGUGCUUCUUCGGGACUAUGGUGCAACACAGAACAGUACGCAGGACUACAUAAAGUGUAAAUACACAACAGUGUGAGACGAGCGCAGGACAAUAAAUACACAGAACACGGGCAGUAAACUAUAAACUAUUGUGUAAUAUAGCAUCAAUAUUGGCAGCAAAAACGAGUUCCAUAAUGUAAAAGUGACUGAUGCAACUUUGUUUGCUGGCUACUGUACCUUCUGCCAGAUGGCAGGAGAGUGAAGAGUCCAUGAGAGGGGUCGUCUGCAAUAUUGGUGGCUCUUUAUUGGCUCAAUUUUGGUUAUCUCUUCAGUCUUAUCAACAUUAAGAGAUAGAUUGUUGUCUUUACGCCAUUCUGCAAGCUGGUUCACCUCCUCCCUUGACACUACACUGACUCAGCAUUGUUUCUGAUGAGGCCCACAACUGUAAUGUCAUCGGCAAACUUGAUGAUCUGAACUUUGCAGCACAGUCAUGAGUCAUCAGGGUAAACAGCAGUGGACUGAGCACGCAGCCCUGGUGGACCCUGGUGUUCAGAUCAGCUGAUCCUGAUAGAUUUGGGUCUCCCAGUCAGAAAGCUGCUUAAACCCAACAGGCUCAACUUCAUCAUCAGUUGUUAUUCAGUACAAAAUGAUUUUCAGGCUCUUGUACAGUGUCACUUUUCCUGUAAUACCACCUGUAUUCAGGCACAGUGCACUGUAAAAGAAAAUAGCCUGGAAAUCAUGUCCAGUGUUUUCUAAGCCAGUAUUUAUUUCUGGUAGAAUUUUCUGAUUUCCCAUGGGUUCCCCCCGGCUGGUUCAGUCCUCCCAUGUGCCACCCCAUUAUUAAAAAAUCCUGGAAUCGCCCAUGUACUACAGUGGCUAACCACAGUCUGGGUUUCUACUGAAUGGGUUGCCAAUUAGGGAACGCACACACUCAGAGUAACUGAGUUCAUAGGUUUCCAAAAAUGACACAUUGUGACAACACCGUGGUAUUACUUUUCCUUUUUAUUUACUGAUUUAUUUUUAUUAAUUCACUAUGGCAUUACUGUGACAUCACUCUGAGAUAAUGGUGGUGGCACUGCAAUAUUAUUGUGACAUCAAUGUGCCAUCAUAAUGAGGUCAUUGCUACAUUAUUGUACACACACACACGAAUUUCUGUUUGAAAGUACUGUUCUUUUGGAUUUGAGCAAAGUGUUUCAGCAGUAAUUUGACAUUUUUUGAGCCAGGACUAAUUUAUAGUAGAAGGAUGUUCUGCUGUUGUCUUGAUGUGUUGAGUCCAUAUCAUUCAUAUAUUCUUUUGUGUGACACACAGCCUACUACAAUGUAUAGUGUUGAUUAUUUGGGUCAGCGUACUCAAAAUUCCAGCUGAUGUUCCUCUGCUCACAA